AUGGCGAACGCUAGUGAGCUGGGCGGUGGUGGUGGUGGCGGCGGCGGCGGCGGUGGGGCCGAGGCGGCCGCGCUGGGCCUCAGGCUGGCCACGCUCAGCCUGCUGUUGUGCGUGAGCCUGGCGGGCAACGUGUUGUUCGCGCUGCUCAUCGUGCGGGAGCGCAGCCUGCACCGCGCUCCUUACUACCUGCUGCUCGACCUGUGCCUGGCCGACGGUCUGCGCGCGCUCGCCUGCCUCCCGGCCGUAAUGCUGGCGGCGCGGCGCGCGGCGUCCGCGGCAGGGACGCCUCCGGGCGCGUUGGGCUGCAAGCUGCUGGCCUUCCUAGCCGCACUCUUCUGCUUCCACGCGGCCUUUCUGCUUCUAGGUGUGGGCGUCACCCGCUACCUGGCCAUCGCGCACCACCGCUUCUAUGCCGAGCGCCUGGCCGGCUGGCCGUGCGCCGCGAUGCUGGUGUGCGCCGCCUGGGCGCUGGCGUUGGCCGCGGCCUUUCCGCCGGUGCUGGACGGAGGUGGCGCGGACGACGAGGACGCGCCGUGUGCCCUGGAGCAGCGGCCCGACGGCGCCCCGGGCGCGCUAGGCUUCCUGCUGCUGCUGGCCGCGGUGGUGGGCGCCACGCACCUCGUCUACCUCCGCCUGCUCUUCUUCAUCCACGAUCGCCGCAAGAUGCGGCCCGCGCGCCUGGUGCCCGCCGUCAGCCACGAUUGGACCUUCCACGGCCCGGGAGCCACGGGCCAGGCGGCUGCCAACUGGACGGCGGGCUUCGGCCGUGGGCCCACGCCACCUGCGCUGGUGGGCAUCAGGCCUGCAGGCCCGGGCCGCGGCGCCCGGCGACUCCUGGUGCUGGAGGAGUUCAAGACAGAGAAGAGGCUGUGCAAGAUGUUCUACGCCAUCACGCUGCUCUUCCUGCUCCUCUGGGGGCCCUAUGUGGUGGCCAGUUACCUGCGUGUCCUGGUGCAGCCGGGCGCUGUCCCGCAGGCCUACCUGACAGCCUCGGUGUGGCUGACAUUUGCGCAGGCUGGCAUCAACCCCGUGGUGUGCUUCCUCUUCAAUCGGGAGCUGAGGGACUGUUUCAGAGCCCAGUUUCCCUGCUGCCAGACCCCCCAGGCUACACAGGCCGCCCUCCCCUGCGACCUGAAAGGCAUUGGUUUGUGAGGUGUGCGCUGCCACCCAGGCUCCCACUGGCUUCGAUUGUGACCGCGCUUCUUCCCCUUCUGUCCCGUGUCUGGUUUUUCUCUGCUGCCUUCACAAGACUCUCAAAGUGGACACGCACUUGGAUUGUACAGACUCCUGUUCUGGGGGCGGGGGAGGGGAUGCCGUGGUCCAGUUCUGUCCUUCUAAUUAUACUUUCCUCCUGGCAGUAGGCCCUGCAGUCUUUUUUGUACUGGUACCGACUUCUUUUCUUCCACGUGUGAUUUUUUUUUAAAUAAAGGCUACACUGGUUUUAUUCAUGCAAAGUUUCCUAGAGACAAUGGCCAGUUUUCUACAGAAGCUAUUUUUGACAACCUCAAGUGGCAUUACCUUUGCAUUGCAGUGAAGGAGAGAGAGCUAGGGGAUCUUCUAUUGGAGAUGGAAGAGAGAGACGAAAUUGUCUAUAAAGUCCCCUCUGAAUCACAGGGCACAGGACUAGGUGUGCCUUGUUUGGAAGUGUGGGGAACUUUUCCCAGCAGUGACACUGGACUUGAAGAGGAAGGGGGCAUGGGUAGGAAGGCAGUCACUUUUGAGUCAAUUAAUAAGCAAGGUUUGGAGCCCUGUUUAUAUUACUUUAAAAACUACGCAUCAGCAGUAGCUGCUCUGUAUAUCAAUCUUGAACGGAAAUGUUGUGAGACUGUGACUUUUAAACAGUAAAGUGUUUGGGAUAGUAAUGUGGAGAGAAAAAAACAGUAUUGCAUGUGUUUGUAUUGAUCGGGAAUUG